AAUUGCCACCAGAAGGAAGAGGCAUGGUUUCACGGAGGUGACCUACAGUUUGAAACAGUAAUGUAACAAGACUUGCGAAUCUUGCAAUAGCAUACUGUAUGUCAUUGGUGUGGCUGUUAUUUAGCUUUGCAACAUAGCCAAACCGUAUCUUCUAACAGUUUCUUCUAACAAUAUCUUCUAACAAUUCCGUUUGAAUACACACGCUACUGAGAGCAACGUUUGAAAUGGCAGAGGCGCAUCAAGCUCGUGUACAGAAAACCAUAGAAGAUAUGGUUCAAAGUUUAGAACGGGACCACAUCCGCAAGAUGCAAGGACUCAUGUUCAAGUGCAGUGCAGAGUGCUGUGAGCGCUCCACAGACUCCAUGUCGCAGGUGCACAAUUGUAUUGAACGCUGCCACGCUCCUCUGGCGCAGGCCCAAGGACUAGUGACCAAUGAACUAGAGAAGUUUCAGGACCGGCUGACCAGGUGCACCAUGCAUUGCAAUGACAAGGCCAGGGACCUGUUUGACUCUGGUGCCAAGGAGCCAGCCGUGCGGGCCAUGAUGGAGAACUGCGUGGGAAGCUGUGUGGACGACCACAUCAACCUGAUUCCCAGCAUGACGCACAGACUCAAAGAGAACCUGGACUCUAUUCCACAGUGAGGAGGAGGGAACAGCUUACUUCAUAUGCAUGAGACAGGUUGGACUCUAUACUACAGUGACUGUCAUCUGACUCAAAUAACACAGAGGAAGUAUAAACAGCAGACUCAAAGAUGGCUCGUUAUUAUCACAGUGAAAAAGAGGGAGUUAUAAAUGGCAGAUCCAAUACCUCAGUGAGGGAAAGUGACAGCUUGCAGGAAUGAGAUUUGGGUCCUGGUAAAAGGUUAAUCAGGUCCAUGCUGUCGGAGAGGGUGGGGGAUAUAGCUCAGCUCAGAGUCUGAAGAAACUACACAUCCCCUGCAAACUGACUCUGUGUCUUUGUAGCACUCACUGUUUAUUAGUUGAACCUACAGGCCAGCUGAACUUACUCAGCAUAACUGUCUAACAUCAAAAAUACCUGUGUCUGUGAACUGUGUAAAGGUAGUUAUUACAUGUCCUGAUAGCCUAGCUGUUGUACGAUUUGAGUCUGUAUUCUGCCUCGGUGCUCUAAAUAUUUGCAACCUGUUCCUCUCUCCUCUAGCAUGAUCUCUGUGCUGUUUGUUUUGUGGGAACCAUGCAUGUUCUGUGACUCUUUCCCUCAUCACUAUAUCAGUUUUUAUAUAAAAAUGAAAGCAAAUGGUGAGAACGGAUGGAAUUGCAUUUUUAUUGCCUUUUUAGCCUGAAUUUUCCUUUAUCUAGCUGUGUCUUCUGGCAAUUCAUCAGCACUUUUUCACUAGAGUUGAACUUGAUAGUAAUGCACCAAACACACCUUAUUAACAUCCAGCUUUUGAAAAUGCAGCUUUUAAUAACAAUAAGCAUGGUGGAAUAAUCUCUGUAUAAUGUACAAAUGCACAGACACCAAUGGUAAAAAAAAUAAUGAAUUGACAGUAAAUCUGUGAGGCUAUUACAGCAUAUCAUGAAUGACUGCAAAGACGAGUAGCCUAGUAAUUAGAGCAUUGGGCCAGUAACUGAAAGGUUGGAGGAUCGAAUCCCCGAGCUGACAAGGUAAAAAUCUGUUCUGCCCCUGGAUAAGGCAGUUAACCCACUGUUCCUAGGCCGUAAUUGUAAAUUAGAAUUUGUUCUUAACGGACUUGACUGGUUGAAAAAAAGACAAGUGUAAAGGUAAGCCUUCACUGUAGAUCAUUACAAUACUGCUAUUCCAAAAUAAACAUAUUUGUCAAACUCA